AGUCACUAUAAAGUUGUAUCAUGGCUCUGCUAAACAAAUUCUUUUGCCGCUACUCGAUCAACACUGGUGUCGUUGUGAUAGCAGCUUCCUAUGUAAUAAUCGAUUUACUUCGCCUGUUCUAUCACCUGGUUAUCUUCUAUUUCCCAGGCCCAAUUUUUAGACAUUGGUAUUCCAAAAAGCACAGCGGAGACGAUGUCCAUGAUCUUAUCACAGUUACGAUGAUGAAGAAUCGUAUUCAGGUUGUGCUGGUCCUGGGGGUCGACCUUUUGACUGAUAUCGGGCUGCUCAUGAGCGUGAAUUCUGGUCUAAUACUCAUAUUGAUUUGGUUGUUGAAAUCAGUCUUUUUGGUGCUCGUCUACUUAAUCGUUAUCCUGUCUCUAAUCUUUGCCUAUGACCACCUUACACUGGCCUUGGCUUUUAUUCUCAUAUGGGCAAUGCAAAUAUAUUUCCUUUUGAUUGUGGGCUUGCAUUUAGUGGAGCUACAUCAAAAUGGUGACUCGAAUGACGAGAGCCCCGACGAAACAGCCGUCUAA